UUAACGUUUGCACGCCACGGCCGUACGCACGGCGAAGCUCUCAGUCGCGCGUUGUUCGCCCGUGCCCGUCGCUGUCGUCGUUGCCGUUGCGCCAGCGAUCUCGUUUUCGAUAUACACUUUCCACGCGAGUACAGAGAAUUUUCAUUUGGUUCGCGGUUAUCUGGUUCUCUCUCUCUCUCUCUGUCUGUCUCCCCGACUUCCCUGCCCAGAUCUCUCGUUCGCUCGCAUUUAAUCACCGUUUGGCGGUUUUUUUUUUUCAUCGACUUACUGGACAUCAAUAUAUGGAUUCGCAGAAAUGAAUAACGAGGACGAGGUGCAAAGAGUAUUCAGAGGUGAGCUGGAUACAGCGGAAUGGGCCAUACCGCGAUUGGUCAAGGUAUUUGUUGCGUCCACUAGAAACGAUUUUUUGGAAGAGAGAAGAUGUAUUUUGGAAAACGUGGGACCAGAUUUACAGAACCUAUACGACUCAACUGGCUUAGAGGUAGAAUUCGUCGACAUGCAUUAUGGCAGUGAAUUGGAUCCAAUGAAAAAUCCAUUUUUAUUCGCAGAACAUUUGGAUGAAAUAAGGAAUUGCCGAAAAGUUUCCCGGGGAUGUUUCUUUUUGUGUUUGGUGGGCGAUGAACAUCAACCAUGCCCCGCACCGGUGUGCAUAGCGGAGGACGCGUACGAACAACUGAAAGAUGCAGCGCAAGAGCUGAACUUAGAGUGGUCUGCCGUGGAGGGUGCUUAUCAACUAGACCCGUUGAACAACCACUACACACUGCUGAAACCUAAUGAUAAAGAUCAAGAACAAUUGCGUCUUUGGUUUGAAAAGAAUGAAAAAGCUUUAGUAGUAAUGCAAGAAGCAUCACAGGAAUUAUUAAGUAGAGGUUUGAUUGUUGAUCCUCAAAUAUUCCAUUCGGCAGUUCAGCAUCAAACUUUACACGCUCUAGACUUAGAUAAAGAUCACAUGGUCGUAUUCAAUAGAGAAUUCACUGGACGACACAAUUAUGAAAGUGGUAUCGAUGAGACAGUUUCAUCAUUUAAACAUUUCUUAAAGGACACUGUGUCGCCAGAUAAUCUAAUUGAAUUAAGUGUAGAAUGGAAACCUGGAGGUAUCGACGGUGAACAUCCCGAGCAUGAUAUGUAUCUGACCAUAUUCCAAGAAGCAGUCAUGUCAAAAAUGCAAAGUAUGAUAAAUACAAGCAUUGAACAGAGACCCGAGUUAAAUGCCAGAAACAAAACUAUACAAGAAGUGUUAAAGGAAGCAAUAGUGCACAUAGCACACUGCAAAGAUCUAAUUAAACUUAACCCUCCAAAUCCUCAAAUGGAUGCAGUCACUAAAAUACGAAAAAUGAUGUCUACGACCACUAAACACGGCCCGAUCAUUAUACAUGGAGGUCUUGGUUCCGGAAAAACAUCGAUAAUCAACACCAUCUAUCGAGAAUGUGAAAAAUGGUUCGACAAAAAACCAGUAAGAAUAGUGAGGUUUUCGGGUGUCACGCCAAGAGCCUCAUACAACUUGGAACUGUUGAGAAUUAUUUGCGAACAGCUAACUUGUGUACUCCAGCCCACCGGACUUUGUGUACCUUUAGAUGCCUCUUUUGACCCGCUGUACAUCAGUGAUUGGUUUCAGACGCUGUUAAAGCGAUUCGAAGACGAAUGCAGAUCGUCAACUUUGAUUUUGUUCAUUGAUGACUUACAUAGGUUAAACCCUUUAGACUCAGAUGUCGUUGCGGGUCUAUCCUGGUUACCGACAGUACUGCCAUUUAACGUACAUAUCGUAUGCACAACCUUGUAUAUUCCUGAUGAAUUGAAAAUGACUCCCCUGCAAAAAGAUCGUUUUAGAAAUUCUGAAUUUUAUGUGAAACAACCAGACGCUAACAUAGAGACAAUCAAGUCAAAUAUUAACAAUAUGUUAGACAACUACGAACAAGUGUUUGGUUUGAAAGCUGUUUCUAAAUUGGCUUCAUACAUAUCAGUAUCCGAAUUUGGUUUGACAGAAACUGAACUUCUUGAACUGCUUAUGCCAACUACAGGUGAUUUUGGAACUCCUUUAAAGUUAGAAGACGGAAAUUUCAAUUUUUCCACAUUUUGUACAGCUAAAAAAACCAUAAUGCCUCUCUUAUACGAAAAAUUUAUGAGUGGCCGCAUAUUAUUAUGUUGGAGGCAUAAAAUAACAUAUGAUGUAGUUAUGCAAAGGUAUCUUACAUCAAAGAUACAAAAAAGAACGUUACAUAUGGAAAUAGGAAACUUGUUCUUCAGUGAAUUUUCUAAAGACGAAUCGGAAUCUAAAACUGAUGGUUCAGUGAGUAAAGAUGGAGAAACCGUUAUACAAAAUGACAUGACGUACAGUUUAAGACACGUCGAGGAAUCAUGGAUUCAUCUGUUGAAAGCAGGUGACCACAUCAGACUAAAAGAGUUGACGUUGUGCAAUUUUGACUUCUUAUUGGCGGCGGUACGAACUAUAUCCGUCAGUUAUCUACGAUCUAUCCUAGAACACGCGCGAUGUUAUGUAUUGGAUAGAGAUGUCGAAUUAGUUUACUAUACAGUGAGGAAAUCGAGUGAUGUACUAACGAGGGACACUUUGCAGCUCGGGGCACAAAUCAUCAGUUGGCUACGACCCGUAGCAGAUAGUAGUAAACUAAUGCACAGAAUCAUAAGAUGUUCGGUAUCAUGGUGUGACGGUUUCACAGAUCCGUUAUUAGUGCCGCAUACAAGUUGGCUACAGCCGCCUUUACCUCUUCACAUCAAAUGCGUUAACUGCAGUAUACCGAUCCAUCGCAUAGCUCCUACACCUUCGGCGCAGCACGUAGUUGUCAUACCGAAAGAAGGAGACGCUCAACUUUGGCAUACAAUGGGAAACACGAGAGUACAAACAUUCCAAGGACACCAGAAACCGAUAAAGUGUUUAAACGUGAAUAAAAACCCUCAGUUAUUAGUCACCGGUUCUGAAGACCAUAGCGUUCUGGUUUGGGAUCUAAACACAUACGCUUUAUUAGCGAAAUACACCGAACUAGAAUCUCUGGUGUUAAGCCUUUGCGUAGCGACAAUAAAUGAUGGUGGCAAUAAGGAACUUGGUGUUGUCUUGGGUUGUGAAAAUAGUAAAAUACUUCUAUUCACGUUAAAAGGUAAAAUGGUAAGAAAAAUUGACUACCACAAAGGACCCGUAACGGCCGUUCAACUGACAUCGCAAGACGUUCUGGUUACGGGUUCGUCAGAUUGCACAGUGUGCCUCUGGGAAAUGGACACUCUUGACCUACUCAACACCAUCUCUCUGCCCGGGCCCGUUGAAAUGUUGGACAUAUCUGUCGACUCCAUGUUCCUGUUGGUGCUAUGCGAAGGAAAUCAGUUGUGGCUGCACGCGCUAGCUACGGGCACGCUCAUACACAACCUGAAAGGAUACUGCUCUAAGGUCAUGUCGAUCGCAUUGGCGGAGGAUUGUCAGCGGGCAGUUGUGGCCGGUGUUGAUUCCAGGGUAUAUAUAUACGACAUACAUUCAGGAGAUUUAGACCUCGUGCCAAUAUCUACAGCACCGCACCACAAAGAAGUAAUCGCCGUAAAAAUCACCAACAACGAUGACUUUCUCGUCACUGCGGGCAACGGCAAGAUCGCUUACUGGAAUUUCCGGAAAAUGGGAAGUGCGCACACUAUCAGCAAACAAUCAUCGCCGUUGUCUCGAAAGCCGCAUACCAGCGCCAUCACCUGUUUGGACAUAUCGAGAGAUGGCACAAUGGCUGUUACAGGUGGCCUAGACAGUCUGGUUAACGUCUGGCAUCUGAACGUGGAGAGCUUAGAAAAUGUCUAUCAACUGAACAACAAUGAGUUGCACUCCACCAUGCACGGUCACACAGCCGCCAUAACGUGUCUGGCCAUCGCUUCCAAUGGUCUUUUCGCCGUUUCUGGUUCGGAAGACAAACUUGUAUUGGUCUGGGGCCUGACCGUGGGUAAUGCCGUUUUCACGUUCAGCGGCCACCAAUCAGCCAUCACCGCCGUAGAGGUGACCUCAGACAGCGAGAAGGUCGUGUCCAGCGACAAGGCGGGCGUCAUAGCGGUCUGGCUGUCGGACAAUGGAACACUACUCAACUCGGUGAUAUGCCCAGCGACUAAUCUGUCAGUGACCAACAACAUGAAAUACCUAGUCAGCGGUGACGGCCACUUUUCGCUGCAUAUCUGGCCGUUGUCAAUCAAAAACGAGGGAGGACCUUGGACAGAAAAAUGGACGGUCAGUCACACGGAAGAGAUAACGUGUUUCGUGAUAACGUACGACUCAUUGCAAAUAAUCACUGGGUCUAAAGACAUGUCAUUGAAAGUUUGGCAAAUUAAUGGUGGCAAACUAUCGCAGGUAUUGGUCGGACACGAAGACCAGGUAACGUGCGUGGCUGUGGCUAUCAGCGACAAAUCAAUCGUUGUAUCCGGUUCAUGGGAUGCCAAUCUCAUCAUAUGGGACAUACACACAGGCGAUGACAGACACCUUCUAACCGGUCAUCUUGGCCACGUAACGUGUGUCAAACUGAGCGGUGAUGGUUCAGUAGCUCUUUCCGGCUCCGACGACAAACGGAUAAUCGUGUGGGACACUAAACGUGGCUUGCCGCUCACGUCUCUACAACUACACCUUCCCAUUUUGGGCCUGUCAAUGUCCACAGAUGUUACCCGAGUCGCGGUACAUCUAUACGAGAGCCAGUACUUGCCGAUCACGCAGCUAAUGAACACGCCCGCGCAGUACGUCAAGGUUCCGGUUUUCAUCAACCGAGAACAUAGAUCGUUAGCCGCCAAAAAACCCAUGAGGAGGAUGUUGAUCAAAGAAUACUCGUUGGAUUCAUACACGUGGCAACGAAAGUACGCACACUUAACCUCGUCGAUAACGCGGGCGGCCGUCGACGAAAAACUUCGCCGAUUUUCCGUUUCGGCCAGCAUGGAAGAAAUAUCAAAACAGGCUAACAAUAAUGAGAACAUGGGAUCACAGAAUCUGGGUCCUGAGCAGGCUGCUUUAGCACAAUCGCAACACUUUGACCAAUUGAUCGCCGAAUGGAAUAACAAGCGGUCGCCUUCAAAAUCAACUAGUCGACCGAACGUGUUUUUAUCCAAACAGAACUCGAGAUCGAGCAGACAGCAUUCGGCAGACGACGAGAGCCACGGCAGCGACGAUUUCAUAUGAUGAACCAACAUUUAUUGCUGCACAUUUGCCGAUCACGCCCUAGACAAAUCCUACUUCAUUCACCAUUGUUGCAACCUAAUUGUGAUCAAACAUUCAAUCAUUCUUCUUAUAAUUAGUAAUAUUAAUGUUUAAAAUUACGGAAAUAUAAUCUUAAGUCUGUGCAAUAAUUAUAUACUUUAUUAUUUAAGUAAAAAGCAUGGUAUAGCUAUUGUUAAACAUUUUUAUCCUAGUCAUUCAAGACCGUAGUCUAUUCUAAGAUUUUUAGAUUAAGUGAAAUAUUUUGAGCACAAAAAAUAUCACUGUCCGAGUGAUUUGUUUUAUUAUUAUUAAUGCAUCAAAAUCAUACAUUUAUAUCCUAGACUUUCUGACUGUUAAUCAUUAAUUAUAACCAAAUGAAUCAGAUUAACUGUAUUACUACUAAGCUCUUAUAGAAAUCAUAUUAUAUUGCAAUCAACUAAAACAAUCGUCUGUUUAUGUAUGUUAACCGAUUAAUUCUAAGAUGACAAUAUCAGUCAAGUACUGGAAGACUCAAUUCUAUGAGAAAAAUAACGCUUUGGUUACUUUAACCAAAUGUAUGUGUUUGUUACAAUAAAUGUUUACUAAACUAUGUCUGCCAGAAUUAAUAUUUGGGUAUCUUGGUUAACAUACAUAUUAACUUUUAUCAAAAACAAUUUUUAAAUUAUCAUGAAAAAUAAUUAUUCUCUACAUAAUUUAUAUUUUACCAAUAUUUUAGUCUUAAGAAAACCACGUCCAUAUGUGCUGUCUCCGUCUUAUAAACAACAUAGCACAUGUUCACAAUAAUCUACUUUACUUUGUUAUUUUUAAAAUUAAGUUGUAUUGAUAUAUUAUCAAACUUAAAUGUAAAAUAAUUAUUUAGGGAAU